AUGUUGUUUGUGAGGCAUAACAACAACUAUAAGAUCGACAUAUCGGACSACYUCAAGUAUCAACAGUACGCCCGCGGCUCUKAWAAACCGUCUGAUCCGCCACUCAAACGUGUGGUGCCGGUGCUSCUGAUGGCGGGCCAGUCGUCSGACUGUUUUAUGCAAUACCAUAAGCAUGAAAAUAACUACCAACUGAUUGAUWMRGAAACGCAAAACAUAACUGUCCUUAACCAUGAARGUAUCGCCAUAACGGAUAAGCUCCAGUACUUUUAUUAUUACUUUGUUUUAUACGCCGAUACCARCGUUUACGUCCAUCCGACGACUGUCCACCAUCUGGGAUGUUGUCCUAACCUGACCACCAGUUCCUCUCCUAUUAAUAACUAUCUGACGCCUGUAGCCGACAACAGGAGCACCGUCACCCGACGACCGGCCCAUCAGUUUCUAUAUCCGACACUCACCGAAAAUAAUGAAAUCAAYACAAAUGGCCGGUCGKCUGAUCGGCCACUGUUCUACCCGUACGGCGAGGACGACUACUUGACCACAAUUAACUCAAUGAAACAGAUGCACGACCAGCCCCUACCGUUUAGGCUACCGUUUUUUGGAUUUGCAUUUCACUAUAUUUGGAUACAUAAGGAUGGCUACGUGUGCUUCAAUAAGGGCCUGAAAAGCUAUACAUUUCCCGUAUCGUUUCCUACGGUACCSGAYGAUACUAAUCURGAAGARGAUCCGUCAAUGAUUGCCAUAUGGUUUGCCCAUCAGGACAUACCAGCCGAAGUGGACGGUUCGGGCGUAUACUAUAGACUGGUAGAUAUGGGCACUGAACAGGACGAGGAUCUAACAAAAACAAUACUCUGGGACUUUGAUACAGCAAUGUCCGGAUCGGCCGGUUUUGUACCGACUUUUGUUAUGAUAAUUACUUGGAAAAACAUGACGUUUGCCAAUAAACGACCCGAUCGUCCACUUAAGACAAAUACCUAUCAGAUGAUCAUCGGAACCGACGAAAUAUCUUCGUUUGUAUUCUUCAACUACGAAUGGAUCACUUGGAUCACACAUCUGGACAAUUAUGACGGUCUCAAUGGUCCGCCAGCUUUUAUCGGUUUCAAUGCUGGCAACUCUACCCGUGCUUACGAAUAUCUGCCGUACAGUCAAAACCCCAGGGUAUCACUGCUACCGGUGCUCGGCUACGGCAACAAACUGUUGGGACGGUUUAUCUUUCAAAUAGACAAUGUCCUGUUUACCGGUGCGUGCGUCAACAAAGAUCUCGAUCCGAAUCUACCCGAUCGACUAGGACUGACCACAUCGAUCAACUAUAUAUUGAGUUUGGGCGGCGAAAUGUUGAACGUAACCGGACCGUGCUUUUCGCCCGACAGUGUUAUCACCUGUAGGUUUGAUAGUUGGAAAGUUAAGGGAAAGUUUUUUACCGAAAACAUUGCCUCCUGUAUAACACCGGCGGUCAUGUUUGAAGGUUAUGUCGAUUUGACGGUAACAGUAGAUGAAAAAACAUUUUUCUAUACCCGGAUGUAUAUUCAAUCGCCGGAAAGUAGACGCGAGUUUGACGUAUGGGUACCACAGGUUGAACUAUUGGAAAAACUGCCCGACCUAUUGGACAGGGAGACCAAUCAAAUGUCCAUACGCUGGAACAAUGAUCUACUAAACUGGGACGGAUCAUCGAAAUUGGUAACCAUAUCGAUAUGGGGCUAUCAGGAGAUGACCGAUUCACUGUAUCCGACACUCAAAUGGGUGGCCGAUAUAGUCAAAGCAAUUCCCAAUUCAGGCGAAUAUCUACUGGAUUUGAAUCAAUUGCCUGACAUUAGACUCGACCGAUAUGACUAUCAUUUUGGGUUUAUUGGUGUCAACCAGACUGACGAAGAGUUUACGAUCACUCAGUGGAGUAAACCCAUGCCAUUAGGUUGGUUUUUUCGUAAACACUGGCGCCGAGAGUACGGCGCCAAAUGGCAGGAACGGUUCUGUACGGAUUGGUUCGAGCGAGAGUCACAGGAGGACCGGUUCGCCAUAACGGUUACCCGAUGCCCGUGCACUGUUAGCCAAUCGGAUCUGGACAGGGGCCGCUUUUCGCCCGAUCAACAGUGCAAUGUUAUCGAUAAAAAAUGCGAUGCCCUACAUCACGGCGCCCAACAUUGUGUCCGUACAUCCAGACCAUCUGUCGGCGGUUCCGGUCAGCAGUGUUGCUACGAUGACUACGGAGAGCUCAUACAGAGCGCCGACACUAUGUACGGCGGACGGCCUUCGCGUUCAUUCAUUUACGGCAAACAUCCGUUCAAAAUGCGAAUGAUGACCCCGACACUUGCCUUCUGGCAGUACGAUAUUAUGCCGUUUUUCUACUGUUGCAAAUGGGCGCCCAAAGAGGACAAUAGUAAGACCUGCCAAAUGUUUAACUACUGGCGCACAUCACAGGACUGUUCAUCCUAUCAAUCGCCCGGACUCGCGUCCAUUUUUGGCGAUCCACAUAUCAUCACAUUUGACGGCACUAACUAUACGUUCAACGGUAAGGGCGAGUAUGUGUUGGUGCAUACGGACAAUCCGGUCCAUAAGUUGGACAUUCACGCCCGGUUCGAACAGUUGCCGAACAUGAACGGUACACAUUUGACCGCUGUGGCCGUCCGGGACAAUGURUCGGCAAUAGUCGAGUUUCGGUUGCGGCCGCCGGCCGCCCGAUGGCAUCAGCAGAUAUUUUUGAUCGCCGACAAAGAGUAUCUGUUCUAUUGGGCGGAUAAUAUGCGAUCGAUUCACGCCCGCGGUGUUACCGUCUACGAGCCGGCCGGCAUCAGAAAUAUGUCGCACAUGAUUGCGAUGUUUGAUUCGGGCGCCGGCAUCGAAGUACUGGUCAGUCCGGUCGGAUCGCUUAUACUGCACGUCUAUCUGCCGAACACUUUCAUUAAUAAUACAAAAGGACUGUUAGGUUUCUGGUCUAACGAUCCGACCGAUGACUUUACGCUACCGGACGGUACACGCGGUCCGAAUCCACAGGGACUCAAUCUGCGGCAAACACACACCGAGUUUGGCCAGAAAUAUCGCUUAUUGGAGACCAGACAACAACAUUUACCGCAGAGUCUGUUCUUUCACGAUGUGGUCAGUCAUUCGCAUUACGACGACAACAAAUGGGAGCCAAAGUUUGAGAUCASUGCCGACGAUCUCAGCGAUCAUCCGGAAAUCGAUAGGAUAUGUAGYGAUUCCCAGUCGUGUGUWUACGACUAUCUGGUGACCGGCGACAGCRGCUAUGGCGAACAGACUAAGAAAACWGAGGCCAUGUCUACGAAUAUGCUUCAGGAUAUCAGCCGAAAGGUAAUCCGAUGUCCAGCGCUGCCGAAGCCGAUAAAUGGUCGCAAAACCGAGAACCGAUACUGGCCGGGAACUAUCGUACGGUUUGCCUGCGACGAAGGCUAUCGGCUGGUCGGCUACGAAGUACGCCGCUGUCGCGAGGACGGUCUCUGGUCGUGGGGUGUCGAACCCGAGUGUAUCCGAGUGGUCACCUAUUCGUUGAUAUUGUCGGGCAUAUUUGUCGGUGUAAUUCUACCGAUUCUGGUCAUUAUCGUAUUGUUUGUCCUGUGCUGGCGACGCGGUUACGGUAAAUCCGGUUAUUACGCACCGCAACGAAAACAUCCGCAGCCACCACCACCAGUUCAGCCGCAACGACCGGCACCGGCAAUACCAUCGACAAAGACGUAUCCAGUGAUCGACAACAACGACAAAAAACCGUUGGUAGUCAACAACGAUACUAACGGACCAACAGAUGUACGAAUAGCGCCAAAGGCCGAACUGGACAAGUCKUUGAAGUCCUUGACGUCAAGCAAUAAAAGCUAUAAUGUCGACAACCAUUUUACCGACGAUGAUGAAGACGCCAGUGAUGCCGACGGCAGCGCUAGCGAUGAUCAACUGGGAAGCGAUGAACAAGAUCUAGGAGUUGUCAAGUCGUUACAACAACAGACCCGUCCGUAUUCGGCCAAGUUAUGGCCAACUGAGAGCCGUAGCCGAAGUUAACAACAGUCCGGCCGGCGGCGGCGGCCAUAGGAUGACCASCUAUAGGUCCGAUACAUUAGUUUA